GACAGCUCGGUCAGACCGGUCGAAAUCAUUUGUUUUUUUAUAUAUAUUUCGUGAAAUCUCAUUGGACAAGUUGGAUUUAAAACGUUAUAAUUUGAUAUUUGCUUGCGUUGUUUGACAUAGGUCGAUAAACAAGGGGAAGAUGUCGAGGUUGGAAAAUAUUUACAUUUCCGGAAUACGAAGUUAUGGAAUAGAGAAAGAAGAUGCACAAUGUUUCAAAUUUUACUCGCCGCUGACUCUAUUCUUAGGACAAAAUGGUUGCGGGAAAACAACUAUUAUCGAGGCGAUCAAGCAUGCUCUGACAGGGGAAUUUCCUGGUGGCGGAGGCAGUGGAGCAGCACAAGGCUUCGUCAGCAAUCCCUACAUGCAUCAUGUUCCCCACGUUAAGGGCGCGAUAAAAUUGAAAUUUCGAGACUCCCGUGGAAAUAUUGCAAAUGUUAUAAGGGUGAUGAAGUGCGAGAAAACCAUAAGCGGCGGUUUGAAGUUCAGCACGUUAGAUUCAUCGUUGAAAUAUAUUGGCAAAAACGGAAUGGAGAACGAUCUAGAUAAUCGCAUAGAUGAUAUAAACAAGUGGAUCAUAAAUUUAGUCGGUGUUCCGAAAGCAAUAUUGAAUAACGUUAUAUUCUGCCAUCAGGAGAGUUCAUUAUGGCCGCUAGAUAAAGAUUCAGACGUAAAGAAAAAGUUUGAUGAUAUCUUUGAUUCCGCCAAAUACAACAAGUGCGUUACAUACUUGAGAGAACAAUUGCGUAAAAAGGAAGAGAACUUCAGAUUGUUGAGAACUAAAUUAGACGGGAUAAGAUGUUUGCGGGAAGAGGUAAAUCGUAAAAAAAAUCAGUUGAAAGAAAAACAGAGCAAAUACGAUUCUGUCAAAGAUGAAGUAAGAGCCAAGGAGGAACAAUUGCGUCCGAUCAACGAAAGGCUCUCGGAAAUUAUAACUAUCGAGGAGAAUCUCAUUCAGUUACAGAACAAAUUGGCUGUACUGGAAAGCGAGAGAAAGAAUUUAAUUAGUAUUCAAGCUACAAUCAAAGCCAAUAUUAAAACUGAAUUUGCCGGUAGCGAUGCGGAGUUGCAGCAAGAAAUUCAAUCAUUCGACAUGAAAAAGCAGAAGCAUGAGAAUAAACUCAAAGACUUAGAGAAAGAAAAACAAGAAUUGGGUGCACAGGAAGAAAAAUUGGUGAAGAUAAUUCAGGAGAAAACUGUGCAAAUCGUCCAGAUAAAGGAGCAAAAGAAAGAUUACGCUAGUAAACUGGAGGAGCGCAAAGAGAAGAUCGUUGAUCUUAUGGGUGCUUUACAUAUUAAUUCUGAAUCAAUUGAUAUCGAUAAUGAUUCUGAAGGCUCCAUGAAAAUACUCAAAAAAGCUGUCGACGAUUUUCAAGCGGACAUUCAAAAGAUGCUAAGCAGCUUGAAGACACAAGAAAAGGAAAUGCAAUCUGCCGUAGAUAACAGCAGAAAGAAAGUCGUUCAAACUGAGCAAGCGAUAUCUUUAAAAGAAAAGGAAAUUAAAGAAUUGCAAAGGCAGUUUAGAGAUUUUAAUGGUAAACUUAAUGAGUUGAAUGUAUCCGAUGAAAGGCUUAAAUCGUACGAGAAGAAAAUCAAGGAAAUAGAUAAAGAUUUGGAAAGAAUUAAUUCCGUAUUUAAAGAGGAAGAAGUUAAGAGUAAAAUUGACAGCGAUAAACGAGAAAUAAGAACGCUGGAGGAAAAUUUGAAGAAGUUCGAAGGUAAAUAUAAAAUUUUACACAAAAAUGCAGUAACUGAAAGUGAACUGGAAAAUUUGAAAUGCGAUGUCCUUUCUAAAAAGAAUCAAGUUGAAAAGUUGAGAAACAACAAUUUCGAUCAAUUCCAAGUCUUAUUUGAAACCUUUCCAGAAAGUGACUUGAAAAGAUCCGUUCAACAAUUACAACAGAUCAAUAAUAAAAAUGUAACCGACUUUAAUAGGAAUAUAACAAGAACGCAAGAGAAAGUCACUCAGCUUGAAUCAGAAAUUAAACAUGCAAAAUAUUUGUUGAAACAGAGCGAAGAAGAGUUAGAGAAGAACAACACGAAAGUAAAAACAUUGUGCGGUGAUACUGAAUAUAACGAAAAAGUCAAAGAGCUGGAAGUUAAAAUUAAUAGAUUGCAAAAGAAUAAGGGCCAAUGGUCAGCUGCUAAAGUAAUGUAUGAGAAGUUCGUCGAAGAUAUUAGUUCUAGUAAAUGUUGUCCAAUUUGCACCACGAAUUUCAGUAACAAAGAAAAUGCAAUCACCGAAAUCGUAGACACUAUGAAAAGUAAAAUUAUUUCAAUUCCCAACGAAUUGGAGAAAAUGAAUGAAAAAUUAAUUCAAACUGAAAAAUUGAAUAAAUCCGUUGUACAAUUAAAACCAGUCCAUGAUAAGAUAGAAGAAUUAGAAGAAACGCUUAUUCCAAAAUACACUGCCAAGUUGGCGGAACUGAAUCAGAAGUUAGAUAAUUCUAGAUUAGAAUUGGAUGAUCUUAAAACGAAAUUGAAAGAACCUCAGAAUAUUGUUGAAACUUGCUCCUCGGUUAUCAGCAGCGCAGUUUUAAUCGAUCAACACAGAAUCGAUAUUACGAGAGCAAACGCAAAGAUAGAUUUGCUAGAAAAGCAGUUGGUUAAAUUAGAUUCUGAUCAUUCUUUGCAGCAAGUUGAAACGGAAAUAGAACAAAUAAAAAUCGAUUUAGUAUAUGCGAGAAACAGUUGUGAUCAACAGCAGGAGAUUUUGAUGUCUAAUAACAAACGUUGCCAAGAGUUACGUAGUGAGAAGAAUUCGGUAGUACAGAAACAAUUGGAUUUACAGAAGUAUAUGCAGGGACGGCCGCAACUGGAAGAACGCAUUGCUGAAAUUAACGAGAAGGAAGAAUCAUGUCAAUGCGAUAUUGAAGAACUUAAAGUAUCUCUCAUCGAUAUGAAAAGCGAUUUAGACUCAAAGAUUGCAGAGCUAAGUUUGAAUAAAGAUUCUAAUGAAGAAACAAUAAAGACGGCAAAUGCGGAAUAUCAUGGAUAUUCUAGUAAAUAUAAAGAUAUAUGCGAAAGGAAUGCACGUAUUAAACAGUUGUCUGUGAAAAAGUUUGAUGAACUAUUUAACGAGAACCUGGAAAGUAUUGAGAAGGUGAAUGAAAUGAAAGCCCGUGUUGUGGAAGCCAGAGAAGAAUUAUUCGAGUCUAUUAACGAUACCAAGUUGUGCAUUAGCAAUGAGGAGAAUUGCUUCAGAUCGUUGAAGGAUAAUCAAAGUUUACGCGAGAAACGCAAGGAACAGGAUACGACUGAAACCGAUUUGAUUAAAUUAAAAGAAAAAAUUGGCAACCUUAACUACCGAUCAAUUAGAGAUGAAAAGGUGGAAUUAGAAAAUAGAGCGUCGCAGAUCAACAGAUCAAUACAGACUAGGAAAGGUAAUAUAGAGGAACUGGAAAAUGUUAUGAAAGAUUUGGAAGAAGAUCUAUCGAAACCAAAUAAUAAGAACGUUGAUGCCGAUUUCAUGAAAAUGUACAUCGAAACCAAAGUCAUCGAACAAACUAUAAAAGAAACGAAGAUAUACUCUCAAGCUUUGGAAAAUGCAAUUUGCACUAUGCAUAGAAAUCGUAUGAAGGAAAUAAAUAAGAACAUUCGACAACUAUGGAGGUUGAUUUACCGAGGAAAUGAUAUAGACUAUAUAGAAAUUGAGAGCGACAUAGGAUUCCAAGCCUCCAACAGGCGUAAAUACAGUUAUCGCGUUAUGCAGAAGAAGAAAGACACUUUAAUUGAAAUGAGGGGUCAUUGCAGCUCUGGUCAAAAAGUUCUUGCAUGUCUCAUAAUUCGCAUAGCCUUGGCCGAGAUAUUCAGCUCAAAUUGCAGCAUUUUGGCGCUGGACGAGCCAACUACUAAUUUGGAUAGGGAGAACAUCUCUAGUUUAAGUCAAUCUCUGGCCAAUAUUGUAGCAACCAGGAAGGAGCAAUCGCACUUCCAACUUCUAAUCAUCACCCACGACGAAGAAUUUCUUAGAACUCUUCGCUCUGUUGAUUGCUUGAAAUAUUAUUAUGAUGUUAGUAGAAACAAUAACGGAAAUACUGUCAUCACUUCUAAGUUGUUAUAA